AUGACCGAACCGACUAAUUCGUUUUUCGUACUGAUAUGUGUCGCCUUUGCGUCCUCUAUUUUAUUUGUUUCCCUUCGCCGGAAACAGUCCAGGUCAUCGCAGCUUCCUCCGGGACCCUCCGGAUGGCCGAUAUUUGGCAACAUGUUCAAUCUUGGGACGAUGCCUCAUCGAACCCUAGCCAGCCUCCGCGAGAAAUACGGCCCGGUGAUUUGGCUUAGACUGGGCUCCAUAGACACCAUGGUGAUUCUCUCGAGCAGAGCUGCGACCGAGUUCUUCAAGAACCAAGACCUCAAUUUCGCAGAGCGAACCAUCACUGAUCUCAUGCGCUCUUGGGACUACCACGAGGGAUCCGUCGCCCUAGCCCCAUACGGCCCAUAUUGGCGGAUGUCGAGGCGGCUGCUGACAGUGGACAUGCUAGUUGCCAAGCGGCUCAACGAGACGUCUACGAUCCGGAGAAAAUGCGUUGACAAUAUGCUGACAUGGAUCGGGGAGGUGGUGUCUACGGACAAGGUCCGACUUGGAGAAGGUAUUCAUCUCGCGCGCUUUGUAUUCCUGACGACUUUCAAUUUGCUAGGGAAUCUCAUGCUAUCCCGAGACUUGUUUGAUCCGGACUCAAAGGUCGGAUCGGAGUUCUUCGUGGCAAUGGCCGGAUUGAUGGAGUGGACAGGCCAUGCUAAUAUCGUGGACCUGUUCCCUUGGCUGCGAUGGUUGGACCCGCAAGGGCUGAGGAGGAAGAUGGAUCGGGAUAUGGGAAAGGCCAUGAGGAUCGCUUCGGAUUUUGUGAGGGAUAGGAUCGAGGAGAAGAAGACCGGCAGGGAUGAUGAUCGGAGGGAUUUUCUAGAUGUGUUACUUGAGUUCGAAGGAAACGGUAAGGACGAGCCGGCCAAACUUUCUGAGAAGCAGAUCAACACAUUCAUACUGGAAAUAUUCUUGGCCGGUGCGGAAACAACAAGCAGCACUAUUGAAUGGGCGAUGACAGAACUCCUACUGAACCCAGACUCCAUGGUCAAGGUCAAAUCCGAGCUGUCCCGGGUGGUCGGGUCCAACCGAAAGGUCCAGGAAACCGAUAUAGACCAGCUCCCCUAUCUGCAAGCAGUUGUGAAGGAAACGUUCAGGCUCCACCCGCCAAUCCCAUUCCUCGUGCCACGGAGGGCAAUGCGUGACACUGUCUUCAUGGGUUACGACAUACCCGAAAACACACAGGUCUUUGUGAAUGCUUGGGCGAUCGGUAGAGACCUGGAUGUCUGGGAAGACCCUAUGGUUUUUAAGCCCGAGAGGUUCAUCGGUUCGAAGUUGGAUUAUAAGGGUCAACAUUUUGAGUUCAUUCCAUUUGGAGCAGGUCGAAGGAUGUGUGCCGGCGUGCCCUUGGCACAUCACGUGCUUCAUCUGGCUUUGAGCUCGCUGCUUCAUGAGUUCGAUUGGGGGUUCGAUGGCCGCAUUGAUCCAAAGAAGAUUGAUAUGAGAGAUCGGUUGGGGGUGACCAUGAGGAAGUAUGUGCCCUUGCUGGCGGUACCCAAAAAAAGAUCAACGUGA